CUUUAUUAGUUCUUGUACAAAAGAACAUUGUAUAUAAUCCGAUGUGUGAUAUUGAAAACAUUAACAUUAAUAUUAUAUUUACUAGGAAGAACAAUUUGUAUAGUGUAUAUUCUCUCCAUAGUGUACAUUAAUACAAAAAGUUAGGCGAAGAAGAAAAACAAACGUGUAUGUCUAGUCAAUCCCUAAUCGUGCCAAACAUGGAAGUUGACGAUCAGGGAAAGAAUGAGGAUUAUUACUUGGAAUUGUCCACCGAACCCAUCAGGUUUGAAUCAGUCAGCAGCCUCACGAAUGUAUUUUUCGAUGAUUCAAAACAACAAGUUUUCGCCGUUCGCUCAGGAGGUGUUACAGGAGUGCUCGUUAAGGGCCCUGACCAGAACAUAAAUUUUCGAAUGGAGGAUAAGGGCCCAGUGAUUUCCAUCAAAUUUUCUCCCGACAUGAAUGUACUUGCAAUUCAACGUACCAGUACUUCGGUGGAGUUUGUCAAUUACUCUCCUGUCACUGGUUUGGAUAACGUCGAGUAUUCUCAGUCCUGCAAAGGAAAGAAUGCCACAAUAUUGGGUUUUGUGUGGACACAUAACACUGAGAUAUUAAUAGUCACAGAUCAUGGAGUAGAAUUGUUUCAUGUAAAUCCAGAAAAACGUAAUAUUAGGGCAGUAAAAUGUUUAAGUUUAGGUGUAAAUUGGUUUGUAUUUUGUCCUAAAAGUUACCUGGUGUUACUGUCAUCUGGUACAGUUGGUAAUCAAAUACAAGCAUUACAUGUUACACCUGGCAAUCUUCACAAAUUGACCAAGUUUGAAAUUGAACAUAGCAUAACAAAACCAGGAAAGUUGGCUGUUUCUGAAAGAGAUGUAGCAUUGGCUGUAUUAUAUGGAACACCUUGUAUAAUCCUGUUACGACAUCAGCCAGGAGCUAACCGCGCUAUAGGAACGGCGUUUGUGUACAUCUAUACUGUACACAAAAUGAUGACCAUCAAGAAAAGUCAUAUGUUAAAAUUGGACGUUAGUGGCAGAUUUGCUAUAAACGUUGUUGAUAAUCUUAUUAUUGUUCAUCAUCAAGCAUCAAAGACAUCCAUGAUAUUCGAUAUAAUGUUGUCUGGUGUGAGUGAUGGCACGGUAAUGCAUCAUACCAGUGUGACUAUGGCAAAACCGAUCAAGCCGUAUAAUCUUAAAGUACCGGGUGCAACAUUGUCCGAUCAGAUGUAUCAGCCAUGUCAAUUAUAUUCUCCCAAUUGGGUUGUCUUUCAGCCAAAUAUAAUCAUUGACGUGAAGCUCGGUUGUUUAUGGUAUAUCGAGCUCAGGUUGGACGCUUUGGUAAAGCUGAUUACGGAUAAAGUAUUGCUCAUCGAAUUUUUAAUGCAGCGUGCGAACGCUAAGCAGAUAUUGAUACAAGUCCUCCAGAGCUUCAUGACGCACUUACCCGUAAGCUUGAUGGAGAUGCCGGCCAUAUUUGAUAAACUUAAUUCCGUGUACAGGAAUUAUUUAGAAAGUGAAAUACAAAAUCAGAUGGGAACGCCGUUGCAGAAUAAUGUAAAAAACUUAACAACAGUGGCUGAGAACUUCAAGUAUAAACUGUUACUCGAUCAGAGCGACAUGUAUAGUCACAUAUUAUCCAAGUUUCCCGAAGACGCGAUAGAGCCAAAGAUGAUAAUAUGGGUUUUGCUCGAAUAUAUCAGAUCGUUAGCUGAACACGGGAUACCUGUGCAACAUUACUUGCACGAGUUGGUCAUUACGACGUUGGUACACCGGAAGGCGUAUUACCAGCUGCAUCAGUUGCUGCAAUACCACGUGGUCUCCGAUUCGAAGCCCCUGGCCUGCCUGCUGCUCUCUUUGGAGAACCUGUAUCCGGCGGCGCAUCAGUUGGCCUUGGACAUGCUGAAGAGGCUUGGCAAUGCGCACGAGGAGAUAAUCGAAGUGCUCUUGUCAAAGGGACAUAUCUUGGCUGCCCUAAGGUACGUUCGAUCGGUCGGUAUGGCGGAUCAAGUGUCCGCGAGAAAAUUCCUGGAAGCAGCGAAAGCGAUCGACGACGCGACGCUCUUUCACUCGGUUUUCAAGUUCUUCGAGCAGCGAAACCUGAGGCUGCACAACACUACGGCCUUCACCAGGGGGGAACACUGUCAGCCGUAUGUACAGCACUUCAGGUACUUGUUCCAAGUCACCGACAACGAGUGCAAUUCGGAUACGAAUUCGAAUGUUACCACCAUCUCAUCGUAAGACUGUACAAUACCGAUUUCCGCGUUACCGCGAUAGAUAGUUAUGAUUUAUAUAUAAUAUACAAAGUUGAGGCAUGGGCGCAUGCCGUGCCAGAGCUACUGCGGUAUUUGUAAGUUCUUCUACGGUGCUUGUAUAAAUAUAUUAUACUGUCACGAAUUAUUUAUUACGGAGGAGAGAAGGAAAACGAGGAUACUUUUGUGAAUAACACGUAUGAUUUACUCGUC